AUGGCACAAUCUUCCUUCUCAUUGGCGUCGCGGACCAAGCUUUCUAAUGGCUUAUCCAUGCCGACGAUUCAUCUCGGUGUCUACCUGACGUCCGGGAAGGAGACUUAUCAAGCCGUCCGGUGGGCGUUGGAGGCCGGCUAUCGAGCAGUCGACUCAGCUCAGAUGUACCAUAACGAGAAAGAAUCCGGGAAAGCCAUCUCAGACUUUCUUUCAAGUGAUGCAAACACAGAGUCUCUCAAGCGCGAGGAUAUCCACUUCACUUCCAAGCUAGCGUCCAACUCCGCAUACGAAACGGCCCGCAAAGCUAUCAAGAAAUCUGUCAAGGAAGCUGGUCUUGGUUACAUUGACUUAUUUCUAUUGCAUUCGCCAUAUGGAGGCAAGCAAGCGCGUCUUGACAGCUGGAGAGCGGUAGAAGACGCAAUCCACGACGGCGAAGUCAAGAUUGGAGGCGUCUCCAAUUAUGGAGUCAAACAUCUGCAAGAAUUGUUGGACUCCAACCCGCGCAUUCCUCCCGCGGUCAACCAGAUCGAAGUUCACCCGUUCAACACGCGAAAGGACAUUACUUCCUUUUGCCAGCAGCACAACAUCGUUGUAGAGGCAUACGCGCCGCUCGUCCGAGCCUUGCGAAUGAAGCACCCAAAGAUUGUAUCCCUGUCCAAGAAAUACAACUGCACUCCGGGCCAACUGUUAGUCCGCUGGAGUCUGCAACAUGGCUACGUGCCGCUACCCAAGAGUGUAAAGAAGGAUCGAAUUGUCGAGAACUCGGAAAUUGGAGGCUUCGAAAUUGAAGACGGCGAUAUGGAGACGAUGGACGGACUGGAUGAGUACUUGGUGACUGAGCUCGUCUCCACCCUUGAGGCCUCCUCCCUCUUCUCCAAGAACCCCGAAUACAAGAAGGCCCUUGAGGUCGUCUCCGUCCCCGAGCGCAUCAUCCAGUUCCGUGUUGUCUGGGAGAACGACAAGGGCGAGUGCCAGGUCCAGAAGGGAUACCGUGUGCAGUUCAACUCUGCUCUCGGUCCCUACAAGGGCGGUCUCCGCUUCCACCCUACCGUCAACCUGUCCAUCCUCAAGUUCUUGGGUUUCGAGCAGAUCUUCAAGAAUGCCCUCACUGGCCUCAACAUGGGCGGUGGCAAGGGAGGAUGCGACUUCGACCCCAAGGGCAAGUCUGACAACGAGAUCCGCAAGUUUUGCGUUGCCUUCAUGAGGGAGCUCAACAAGCACAUUGGUGCUGACACAGACGUACCUGCGGGCGACAUCGGCGUUGGUGGUCGCGAGAUCGGUUACCUCUUUGGCGCAUACCGAGCGGAGCGCAACCGCUGGGAGGGCGUCCUCACUGGCAAGGGUGGCUCAUGGGGAGGUAGCUUGAUCCGCCCCGAGGCCACCGGUUACGGUCUCGUAUACUAUGUUGAGCACAUGAUCAACUACGCGUCGGGAGGAAAGGAGUCGUUCGCCGGCAAGCGCGUCGCCCUCUCUGGUUCCGGAAACGUCGCUCAGUACGCUGCGCUCAAGCUCAUCGAGCUUGGCGCGACCGUCAUCUCCCUCAGUGACAGCAAGGGUGCUCUGAUCGCUGAAGACGACAAAGGCUUCACUCCCGAGGUCAUCAACCAGAUCGCUGCCCUCAAGUUGGAGCGCAAGGCUCUUACUGCCCUGGAGAACCACAACUUCAAGUACAUUGAGGGUGCCCGCCCAUGGAAGGAGGUCAAGAAGGUCGACGUUGCCCUUCCUUCAGCGACCCAGAACGAAGUCUCCGAGGACGAGGCUAAGGCUCUCAUCGAGUCUGGUGCCAAGUUCAUCGCUGAGGGUUCCAACAUGGGCUGCACACAAGAGGCCAUCGAGGUCUUUGAGGCUCACCGUCGCGAGAAGAAGGGUGAUGCCAUCUGGUACGCACCCGGAAAGGCUGCCAACGCUGGUGGUGUUGCCGUCUCUGGUCUCGAGAUGGCUCAGAACUCCCAGCGCCUGUCAUGGACUGCCGAGGAGGUCGACGAGAAGCUCAAGGGCAUCAUGAAGGACUGCUUCGAGAACUGCCUAGGUACCGCCAAGGAGUACUUCACCCCCGCCGAGGGCGAGUUCCCAUCGCUCGUUGGUGGUGCCAACGUCGCCGGUUUCCGCAAGGUCGCUGCUGCCAUGCACGACCAGGGUGACUGGUGGUGA